AUGGAUUUUCGGGAAAGGAAGUGCCACCAUCCCGAAGAUAGACAUUCGCUAUCUGGGAGCCAUUUGCCAGUAACGACGGAUGCAAUCUUGAGUCCAUUUCAAACUGCAGUAUACAACUCGAUGUUUUGCAAGUUGUCCGCGUCCGUUCAGUUGUGGGCAUUCCUUCGAGAGGCCAACCGUAAUGUUUUUCACGAACUCAUGAGUCUGGAUGAAACUCUACUUAGCCUUCAUCGUCUAAUCAAAGCGAUGCUAAAUGUGGUGAAAGUAAUAGGCCAAGCGGUCAACUACUCAAGAGGCGGCGGGAGCCAUCUCAUGAACAGCCUUCUUCAUGCUAAGGGAAAGAAAAUUAGCAUUUUCGAUGAAAACUGCCUGGAUCAGGCUGAGCAAACUGGUAUGCUGGCAAGGGUUAGCCAACUCAGUGAUGCCUUCACAAACCGACUGCAGGAGUCCUUUCUUUUCAACACAACCCAGGCCACUGUACAACUGAACUUGAUUAUGAUUUUUCUCCAGCGGAGCCCUCUUGACUUUUCGCGGCUUUUGAAUGAUCUUCGAAUAAGUGACCUCAUCUCCGAUGUGACGGUGCUUGAACUUCGCAGGAAUGGCCAAAAGUGCCUCGAUGCAGCCCACGGUGUUAAUGGGCUUUUGAGUAACUUCACCGUGAGGGAAUUAUUCCCUCUCAAUUCUUCCGUGACUAGAGCUGGUGACGUGUCUCGUGGCAAUGGAAAUGUAAUCUCUUCGUUGCAAGCGAUGCUUCUUGCGACGGAUUCUAAUUUAAAUAAACUUAAUGUGGAAUUUUCACGCUUAUAUGACCAAAAUAAGGUGCUCAUUCAGGAGAUGAGAGGUCUGCUUGCGUCUCAGUUAUCAAUAGAGCAGCGUCAUAGUCGGGUAGCUGUUACAGUGCAAAUAUCCUCAAGGCAAGGUUUGUCCCUUCGACUGAAAUCAUCAGAAUCACUCUUUAACAAAAACGCUGAACUUUUGGAUAUUCUCACCUCGGCGGUAAUGAUUGGAUCGUUUUUGGUGCUGCUAGCUGAAGGUGUGUUCACCACUAUGUGGGAGUGUCGACUUCGGCCGCAGAGCCAGAAACAGGAGGACCUCCUCAAGCACCGCUUCGAGCACAGGGUACCAAGGAGCAUACCCUCCCCCCUGUCAUCACCAUUGGCAUCGUUAUCGCAACAGCAGUUAGAGACUGUUGUCCCAGUCUCCACCAGAUCACCGAAACCGCCUAGAGGGUCCCCGCGCUACGUCCAUAGCCUAUCAAGAGAUCAAACGAAACUGCCGGCUUACAAUGUCAAGUGGAACCACCUCACCCUCGCCCAACCUCAGAAAUUCGUUGGACAAUUCAUGCGUCAGCAGGAGCAGCAACACCCUCUUUUCCUAGAUAUCACCGAGUCCAUCAGUGACAUUAACACACCUUCAACCUUCACUCAUCCCCUCUCAGAUGUUGUCUAG